AUGUCGACCCCUAGCGUCGAACUCGAGUUCGACAACUUCGCGCAUCUUCUGCCCUCGAGUUGGAAGCCGCAGGUGACCGCCUGGCUGCAGGAAGACACUCCCUCCUUCGACUACGGCGGCUUCGUCGUCGGCGAGGCUCCGCGCGAAGCCUUCCUCCUCGGAAAGGGGAAGCAGCUCGCGGUGCUCGCCGGCGCGCCGUUCUUCACCGAGGUGUUCGAGCAGAUCGGAUGCAGGGUGGAGUGGCACAUGAAGGAGGGCGACACGUUCGAGCCCGUGAAGCACGUCGCGACCGUGCGCGGGCCCGUCCGGCAGCUCCUCCUCGGCGAACGCGUCGCGCUGAACAUGCUCGCGCGCUGCAGCGGCAUCGCGACCAAGUCGAAGCGCAUCAAGGACCUCGCGCGCGCGAACGGCUACACGGGCAUCGUCGCCGGCACGCGCAAGACGACGCCCGGCUUCCGGCUCGUGGAGAAGUACGGGAUGCUCGUCGGCGGGAUCGACCCGCACCGGCACGACCUCUCGAGCAUGAUCAUGCUCAAGGACAACCACAUCUGGUCCUGCGGCUCGAUUACGAACGCGAUCAAGCAGGCGCGCAAGGUCGGCGGCUUCAGCCUCCUGCUCGAGGUCGAGGUCGGCUCGGAGGCGGAGGCGGACGAGGCGAUCGACGCCGGCGCGGACAUCGUCAUGCUCGACAACAUGGAGGGCGCGGAGCUCGCGGUGACCGCGCGCCGCCUGCGCGAGAAGUGGGCCGGGAAGCGCAAGUUCCUGUUCGAGAGCAGCGGGAACGUGACGGAGGAGAACCUGCACGAGCGCGCGAUCAACGACGUCGACAUCAUCAGCACGAGCGCGGUGCACCAGUCGGUGCAGCACAUAGAUUUCAGCUUGAAGAUCCAGAAGCCCAAGAAUUGA